AUGGAAGAGGGAACUGAAUUGCGACAAGCUGAAGCGAGUGGUGGGAGCGGGCCUGGUUCAAGUAUCAUCAGCGCCACAGACGACCCGGAAGCAGCAGCAAACACAAGCAAGUCCGCCAGGAGCAGCGAAUGCGUCGAUUUUGACGGGCCACAAGACCAAGACGACCCCCUCAACUGGCCAAGCCGGAAGAAGCUCUCCAUCGUCAUCAACGUCGCCCUCCUCUCCGCGCUCGGGCAGAUGGCGUCGUCCAUGCUGGCCCCGGCAGCUCAGGAGGUCAUCGCGGAGUUUCGCUCCACGGACAUGACAAUAGCUGUGAUGGUGGUCUCUACCUUCAUGAUCGGCAUGGCAGCCGGCCUUCUGCUCACCUCCGGAGUGUCCGAAGUGUACGGCCGGUGCGCAGUAAUCCACGCCACUAACGCCCUCUUCGUUGUGUUUGGGGUGGCGGCGGCGUUGUCUCGGUCGCUUGGACAGCUGGUCGGGUUCAGGCUGCUCCAGGGCAUGGCCGCGGCCGCCCCACCGGCCAUAGGAGGUGGCUACGAAGGCUGCAAAGGCAACUCAGCAACCCAAAACUCUACGCAGCAAUUCCUCAUCAAGGUUCCGGAUUCGAAGUUCUCGGAUACUCCAUCAUCCGGCCUGUGA